AAGAAGAAGCUGCGUGCGGGAAUUAAACCGACGAAGAAGAAUUCAACGGUUCCCUAGUCAGGUCUUCUCUUAGGUCGCUUCUACUUUGUUUUGGACUGAGAGUGAAGCACCGAUGAAGAGAGUUACUCUUUAAUUCAAUGACUUAACCGAGCUAAUACGCCAACAUGUUCCACCAACAUUAGUUGCUUGUUGGCGGCAAGCUGCGGCAAGAUUUACCGCUGUAAAGUAAGUUCUAUUUUGAGCUCCUGUCGUUCCCUGACAUAGACCCAGAGGGAUGGAGGAGGGCUCGGAGGUGAUGGAAGAUAUUGUUUUCCAAGGAGUGGAGUUUGUGGUGAAGGUGGAGGUGGAUAAAGGCUUGCUGCUGGUGGAAAUCUCGGAUUCAACAACGGCCGAUCAAUGGAAGGGAGAAUUCGAUCCGGCAUACAUCGAGGAUCUCACGCGGAAAACCGGCAACUUCAAACAGUUCCCCAUUUUUUGUAGCAUGUUGGAGUCGGCCGUCAGAAAGACAACCAAUUCUGUUACCCUGGACCUCUUGACCUACGCUGACCUGGAGUUGCUAAGAAACAGAAAAGCAGGUGUGGUCGGUCGCCCUCGAGGCCAUCCGCAGUCAUCUACUCUCACCGCCAAACGCUAUCUCAUUCUCAUCUACACCGUAGAGUUUGACAGGAUACACUACCCUUUGCCACUACCCUACUUUGGCAAGCCGGACCCAGCCGCCCUGCAGAAGGAAAUCAGGACCCUAAGGGUGGAGCUUAGCACGCUGACCUCUCAAGGUGUAAACAAGUGUGCAGAGCUGGAAAUCCACCGCUUACGAGCAGAGCUGGCUCUAAUGAAGGAGGAGAAAGAGUCCAUCGCCAAAGUCCUGGAGCGUUUACAGCUGUGCGGAAGUGCUUCGGCAACCGACGCUCGGCAGGACUGGAGGAGCAGAGAUGAGGUGAGGGCGCUAGGGGAGCAGCUGCUCAAAGAGAGAGCCAAAAGUCAGCGCUCGGCCAGCAAGAGAUGCCAGGAGCAGCGCCACCUUAUUGAGCAGCUGGAGGAACUGAAGGCAUCUGAGUGCAGCCUGCGACUUCACGUCAAAAGUCUCACCAAUGAACUGGCUCUUCUACGGAGAAGCAGAGGGACGCCGCUUUCUGGCGGCAGGGACAUCUAUCGCUCACUCAACCAAGUCAGGGGUCGCUCAGGAUCCAGAGAGCACAGAGGCGACAGAGUGCAAAGGUCGACUGAAAGAGGGAGAAGAGCCGACUCCGCGGGGCCACGUGCUGUCGUAAGAAGGGCGUCACCUUCUCCUACUGGGUCCCGAGGGCCUCGCUUUGACCCAACCGCUUACAUCCAAGACAGACAGCGUCGACUGAGAGAAACAGAAAUCAAAAAACAGAUGAAGGUGCGGCGAGACCUGACCGUGUCGCCGAUGCUCUCCGAACGCGGACGAUCACGCUCCAGAGAAGGUUGCCCACUGAUGCAGCGCUCCGGCAGCCGCGGCAGGAGUUUGUCUAUGGAGCGGCGAGCGAGCAGGAACUCCUCGGAUGGCUCGUUGGUGGAUGUGGAGGAAAUGACCAAGGCUCUGUUCAGGGGGAAGAAACAGAUGUUUAAUAGACCAAGUGUGUCCAGAGGCGGCAUGAUGACCAAGAAGCCCAUAAGCAGCACUCCAACAUACAGAAUGAAGGACAAAGAUGUUAUGCUCCGCCACUCAGAGAGCUCCAUUGACACGGGCGCUGAGUUUUCAGAUAUUGACGCCAGGCUUCAGGUCCUGCAGGAGUACAUAGGGGACUUGGACACAGGACACUGACAGAUGGUGUAGCCUGCGGUCCAAAGCACAUGUGCUGCAUGGACUCGGCAAGACGUGAACAGCUUUUGUUUUCCCUCUGCAUGGACCACAAACCUCCAACUUCAGGAAACAGCCAUCACUGGGCGAAAUAUCAGCACGACUUUUUGAAGAAUUGUGGGUGUAUUAUCGUUGUAUUGUAGCUAUAUUUCAUUGUGUUUAUAUAUAUAUUUAUAUAUAUAUAUAUAUAUGACUUCUUAACAGCAUCAGCACCAUGGAAUGAUGCUCUUCAUUGUACAAACUUGACCUUUAUCAGUGUUAAACUG